AUGUCUUCUCACAAAGUUGGCAUUUUUCCUGCCUCUGGAGGCAUUGGUGGCGGCACCGUCAAGCAUAUCCUACCACGCCUCCCCCCAACGGACCUUGUCUUGAUUGCUCGUAGCCCCGAGAGGCUUGCCCCUGCCAAAGCCCUUGGCGCUGAAGUUCGUCAGACAAGCUACGAUGACGAUGCUGCUCUCAAAAAUGCCUUUGACGGUAUCGAUACUCUAUUCCUGAUUUCUUAUGCCUCUGUCGAGCAUCAGUACAGAACUAAGCGACACAUUGUUGCUAUCAACGCUGCCAUACAGAGCGGUGUAAAAUACAUCUUUUACGGAUCCUUGGGAUUCGCUGGACCCCCGGAGAGCACACAGAGUGUAGCGCAUGUUAUGCAGGCACACCUCGACACCGAGAAUUAUCUAGAGGAAUGUCGACAGAACCACCCUGGCUUUGGCUACACGGUAAUCCGGGAAGGACUUUACAGCGAAUCUUAUCCUCUGUACACUUCAUUCUACAACCCUAAACAGCCACGAAGCGAGAUCAGGAUCCCCCACGACGGUUCAGGCGCCGGCGUUGCUUGGGUAAAGAGAGAAGAGCUUGGAGAAGGCACGGCUGAACUCAUCUCCCGUUUCGUGAAGCAGCCAAAGGAGUUUGCUUGGCGCAAUCAGACGGUUCUCCUCUCCGGGGAAAAAACGCUGACCCUGGCGGAAACGGUCCAGAUUCUCGGAGAGAUCGCAGAUUCUCCUGUCCAAAUCACGCAAGUCUCCGACGACGAGUUUGCGACUCAGUCCGAGAACCCACCUACCUUCACUUAUCAUGGUGUUGAUCUUUCAAAGCCGUGGGCAACAGCUUUUGAAGCAUUCAGGAGGGGUGAAGCUUCAUGUGUGUCGCCUCUUUUGAAAGAACUGCUUGGCAGGGAGCCUGAAGACUUCAAGACAACGGUGGAAAACUCUUUGUAA